ACCACCUCUCAUUUCUAUCCUUUCCAAACCCCUCCUUCCCUUGUCCACUCUCCCCUGUCUUUCUACUUUCUUACCCUUUUUAUGCCUCUCCAUUUUCCCCCUUUCCCUGACAGCUUCUUCUCUUCUUUCCUUCCCAUUCCCCCCUGGAUCCUUCGAUCAUCGCGAGUUUUUUGUUCGUCUUUCGUUAAUUCCAGUAAAUGUUGUUUAAGGAAAUUGUGGGUUCUUUAAUUAUGGUCUUUCUGCUUUCGUCUUCCUUUUCUGAAAAGGAAAAUCGAGUCCACAUGUGGAGUUUGAUUAUUGAAGCAGUAGUAUAAUAGAAGAACCUUCGCGCUCUUUAUCGAUCGGAGUGAUUCUUUUCUUAAACUCUGCAAUGGAUGAACAGUUAUCUUUGUAUUCUCAAUUUCCCCAUUUUUAAUUUCCUUGAUUUUCGGUAAUCUGCUGGAUCAGAUGGGAAUGUUGUUCUUGUAAUUUUUAUUUACUUCAAUUAAAAAUCCGAUCAAAUUCUUCAAUAUCGCGCAACGGGCGUUACGAGUGUGAAGAAAUCAAUAAUGGGUUGUGCGAGUUCGAAGCAGAGAGUGUGCCGGAAAUGCCAGGCGGCGUAUUCUCCGGUGCGGCGGAGCCACUCGAUGCACUGGCAUCAGCCGCCGUUGAAUGACGUGGAAAGUGAUCACGUGGUUGCGCUCACUUCCUCCACCCUUGGAUCUUUAAUGCUGGAUCCUCUGAAUCAGAAUUCCGGCGAAGAAGAAAACGGCGGCGGGGUUACCACCGUCCAAGCUCCGUUUGGUAGUGUAAAGAGUGUUUCUAGUGACGAGUUCGCGGCGGGGUUGACAGAAGCAAUGACGUGGUCUCAGAUGAUCGACAAGAAGAUUGGCGGCAGAACUCCGGUGUCCGGCGAGCCGGAGAUGAUCAACGCGUGGGAGUUGAUGAAGGAUCUUGAAGAUAUUAGCCCUCUGAAACCUUCACGAAGCCAUGCCCGGAGCUUCUCCUUCCAUGUUUCUCCAAAUCCAAUGUUUUAUCCUCCCAUUCCUAGGACGAAAGACGACACAGAAGCUUCCCCGAAGCAACAAUGGUCGUCGUCGGAGGUCGCCGAUAACGAGUCGAAUUCCACGUCGGCUUCAAACGACACAUCCGUCGGCUUCGCAUCGGAGUUUGACCCGGAAGUGAUCGCGACUUUCAGAAAAGCGCUCGCCGAGCUCCCGCCGGCGACUCCGUUCCGUCUCAAACCACUAGCUCCCGACAACAUUGAUAGCCCCGAAGUAAUCACCGACUCCUCCGACCACACCAAAUCACCACCGGAGAGUGGUAAUAAAAACAGAGUGAUCGUCUACUUCACCAGCCUCCGAGGAGUGAGGAGGACGUACGAGGAUUGUUGCUACGUAAGAACAAUUCUGCAGGGACUAGGAGUCAAAGUUGACGACAGGGACGUGUCAAUGCAUUCCGGCUUCAAGGACGAGCUUAAAGAGCUUUUAGGCGAAAGCUAUGGCGGCGGCGGCUUGCCCAGAGUGUUCGUCGGAAAAAAUUACAUCGGCGGAGCGGACGAAAUCCGGCGAAUGCACGAGGACGGGCAGCUGGAGAAGCUAGUCGAAUUCUGCGAAACGGUGGACGAAAGCGGCGGCGGCGGAAAGAGCGGCGAUUGUGGGGCGUGUGGCGAUAUCAGGUUUGUGCCAUGUGAGACGUGUUCAGGAAGCUGUAAAAUCUACUGCGAAGGUGGCGGCAAUGGUGAAGAAGACGAUCAAGAGUUUGGGUUUCAACGCUGCCCAGAUUGCAAUGAAAAUGGACUGAUUAGAUGUCCAAUUUGUUGCGAUUAAUAUUACCCAACAACGUUAGUUUUUCCUAAUUACAUAGCGUUUUGGUUGUCCCUAUGUUGUGCAGAAGUUUUCAAAUGUUAAUUACAACAUUUAUGAAUUGAAACAUGUUUAAUUUUACAGGUA